AUGAAUACUUUAUUACACAUCUCGCUCCUCUGCUCCCUUACGCUGCAAUCCAUAGCCUCCGACGCCAUGGUCCGCCGUCAGUCGAAUGAUAUCGACUCUGAGACAAUGCCAGAGUGCACCAAGAGCUUUUGCGCUGGAUUAGGAACUAUCAUCUAUGGCGGAACCGGGGUGCAUUGCCCGUAUACCGAUUCCGAUGCCAAAACAUGGAGCAGGCAGUGCUUUUGUAAUCUCAAAACCCCACUCCGAUGCGCAUGGAUUUGCAACUGGAACGCCUGGAUGAACGCGGAGGACUGGUACACCGGCAAUACCGGAUGUGGACCCCAGGCGGACGAUCUGGACCUAAAAGGCCUUCCAGCAUGCGCUGAGGAUUGCUUGCCAGACGCUCUCAUGGACGCCGGAUGCAUAACAAAAGGACGACAGUGUUUCUGCUUGAAUGGAGACAUGUUGGGAUGUCAAAACUCAUGCUCGCACCAGGAACGCGCCGAGGUCGCGACAUGGCUGGAGGGAGCCUGCAAUAUCUCGCAGCAGCUUGCGAAUCAGGGUGUUGAGAAAGGAAGUUUUCUCGAGGACCCAUCGUUCUGGGCCACGCUGGUCGAUAAAGCCAGUGUGAUCUUCGGCGGUAGAGGAGAUGAAGGGGUUCAUAAGGAGGUAGUGGCUCCGCCGUCCAGGACCGGGCAGCCGCUGAGGUGGUACGAGAUUUGGGCUGUCGUUGUUCUGUGUUUCACUGCUGUGGCAAUUCUGAUCGGAUGGAGGGUGUCUUCUCAUAUCGGCCGCAUAAAGUCCAACCCGGCUGAGAGAGCGUCGCUACUGCCAACUGGUGAGACUUUGUGA